GCCAAUUCCCGCUUCAUCAUCAUUUUGCUUCUUCGCAUACGAUCGUUCGGCAGCAAGGAAAUUUUACCCCGCUAGUCCCUGUGUAUAAAACUAUUAUCCUGUCAUGGACUCUAAAUUUCUGCUUCUGGCCAUUGCCAUGAUGUAUUUUGCUGAUGUUAGCAAUGCUCUCAUGUGUUAUAACUGUACAACGAUGACGGAUCCGUCCUGCGGAGAAACUCUAACGAACCCCAGUAAUGUCCAGCAAGUCACUUGCUCUGGAAUUUGUAUGACGGCGAAAACUAGCAUGCCCAUGCCAGGGGGUUCUCAAGGCCAGUUAAUGACAAUGUAUUCCAGGAGUUGUGAAGUGGGUUGUUAUGCAGCUUGUAUUGAUAUUCAGGAUGUGCAGGGUAUGACUGUAUGUACCCAGUGCUGCAACACUGAUCUCUGCAACAGCAACUAUGUUGAAAGCGGAACGGGAGGCGGAAACACCGGCAACAACCCCAGCAACGGCCAAGGCAACGCACAACCAGAACCGACGAUGCCCAUGGCCAAUGAUAUGACAACUAAAUCUAGCGCUAUCAAGGUUGUUGUAAAUUUUGCAGCAGUUCUCUUAGGUUUUUUAAGUGUAACAAUGCUUUAAGAAUUCAAAUUGGUAGACAUUUAAAGUUACUGUAAAGCUGAAUAUUUUUUUUCAACUUGCUGUACUUGUGUGGAACGUUAAUACCCAGUCAGUGGCGGAUCUGGAGGGUGGGGGUGAAUAGGGUGGCUAGCCACCCCCCUUCGGUGACCUCGAAAAAAGAAUGUUUCGCAAAUCGUUCACCCCAUUGCUAAAUCCUAGAUCCGCCACUGCCAGUAUUGUGAUAUACCAAUAAACUUUUGAGCCUAAUUUGUAAUUUUCUACCAUUACGUGGAUACUGUACAAUAUUUAAAACAAUAAAUUUAGGCCUAUAAUAAAGACUAGACUAUGAAAUAUUAGUACAAAUGUAACACAAUUUGUAAAGUUUAGAAUUUGUAAACGAAGUAAGUGUCCUCCUAAUCAAUCUUUUGGAUUUCUCACUUUUAGUCCAAGCAUUUAAUCCACAAGAGACGUACAGAUAUUUUGAUCCUUCAUCAAAUUAAAACCCAAUUGAUCAGUAAUAGAUGCUGUAUAUUGUUAAAAGUUUAACACAUUUUACAUUGACAUCUAUAUAAAUAAUUAUGUUAGAUUUGAGUGUUACCAUUCAUUGAUGAAUACAUUUUAACAAAACGUUUUAGAUGCACUAAAACAAAUGCAAAUGCUACUGUAUAGGCAGGGACGGAAAGGCGCCCGACAAACGCCCGACAGAGGGGGGGGGGCGAAAGUGCGGGGGAUGGACUGAUCGAGACAACACUACUGUAGGGGGUCCGGGGGCUUUUCCCCUCUAAAUUUUGUUUUCUAGACGCCCGAAAAUAACAUAUGAGGUGUUUUGGGCGAACAAUUAUUUCUUUUUCCUUCCUUUUUUUUAAACUUUCCUAAAUGGGGGCUCCUUCUAAAUCCUCCCCUGGUAGGUACGCCAGAACACAUAAUGAACCCUUCCGCUAAGCCCGCCCCUUUGAUGUUGCUAAGGCCCCCACCCAUUUGAUGUUGCUAAGGGCCCACAAAAUGACAGUGUAAAAACAUACGCAAACACGUGUUUGUGAGACACGCGCUUAUUCCUGCCCCUAUUCUGAUUGUUCAUUUCUUAAGUUUGCUUAAGGUCCAUUGCAAUUCGCCUUCUGCGCUCAUUUCUAAGCAUCGAGAUAUCGUUUUAUAAAUAAUGUACAAUACGAUAGUACGAUAGUCCUCCUAUAAAUACACGGUGUAGGCCUACGUUUUAAAAUGCUCGGUUUGUAAUUAAUGUAAGUUAUAAUGUAGGUUUUUUUCAAUACACUUUUAUCAGCUUUAAGGUAAAUUUUAAUACAUUAUUUGUCAAAGAAUCUAGUUGUACUGUGGCGUGAAUAAUUUUGAACAAAAUAAAAUUAGAAUCCUCUUCAAAUGAAGUGUUUAAACUGAUACAAGAGGACUUAAUUAAAUUUACUCACGCUCGAUA